GCCAGCAGAGCAAACAAAUCGUUCUGGGAGGAGAUGGAGAAACCGGCAAUACCAUUUCUAGGCUGCGGCUCGGUCAGCAGAAAGUUACACACGAAGUAGGCAGUGGCUCAGGGAUAGGCUGCUGCAGCAGAGAGUGGAGAACUUGGUGACAAGAAGGACCAGAUCUGAUCUGCAGCAAAGCCAGCGGCACAAUGCCUCUCUAGAUCCGAGCAUCGGCUCAAGAAACUCACCAGAUUUGACGCUUGACAGGUGGUUGAAAUGCAAGAAACGGUUGAUCAACAACUGGCUGAAGAAGCAGCAGAGGCUGAGGGUGGUGGUGCGAUGGCAUCAAUUACCAAUCCUCGUAGAUCUGCAAAAAAAGCUACAAGUCAAACAGCUUCUUCCAGAAACUUAACACAACAGAAGUUGAAGGUUCAGGGGAAAGGUUACAAGGAUAAAUGCUAUGAGCAAAUAAGAAAGACAGUUGAAGGACGUUUUAACAAGUUGUUGACAGAGCUUGCCUUUCAAGAGCUAAAAGCUGCUUUAGAGGAAGCUCAAACGAUUGGAGAAGAGCUUGGAGAUAUAUAUGACUAUGUCGCUCCUUGUUUUCCUCCAAGAUAUGAAAUAUUCCAACUCAUGGUUAAUCUUUAUACUGAGAGGUUUAUUCAGUUUCUUAGAUUACUCAGCGACAGGGCAAAUGAGCUAACAAAUAUAGAAAUUUUAAAGGUGACAGGUUGGGUAGUUGAGUACCAAGAUAAUAUGAUUGGGCUUGGUGUUGAUGAAUCAUUAGCUCAAGUUUGUUCUGAGAGUGGUGCAAUGGAUCCUUUAAUGAAUUCAUAUGUUGAGAGAAUGCAAGCCACAACACGGAAAUGGUACCUAAAUAUCUUGGAGGCUGAUAGGGUACAACCACCAAAGAAAACAGAAGAUGGGAAACUAUAUACUCCUGCUGCUGUUGAUUUAUUUAGAAUCUUGGGAGAGCAAGUGCAAAUUGUUCGUGAUAAUAGCACUGAUGUCAUGCUGUAUCGAAUUGCUCUGGCUAUUAUCCAGGUAAUGAUUGAUUUUCAAGCAGCAGAAAGGAAGAGGCUAGAAGAACCUGCAUCUGAGAUUGGUUUAGAACCUUUAUGUGCAAUGAUUAACAACAAUCUCCGCUGCUAUGAUCUUGCAAUGGAACUCAGUAACAGCACCCUGGAAGCCCUUCCACAAACCUAUGCUGAGCAGGUCAAUUUUGAAGAUAAUUGUAAAGGCUUUCUUGAGGUUGCAAAGGAAGCUGUUCAUCAGACUGUUAGUGUCAUCCUUGAAGAUCCAGGGGUGCAGGAGCUGCUUGCCAAGCUUUACCAAAAAGAUUGGUCCGAAGGAUUGGUUACCGAGUAUCUAGUUGCUACAUUUGGUGAUUAUUUUACAGACGUGAAGAUGUACAUUGAAGAAAGAUCUUUCAGGAGAUUUGUUGAGGCUUGUUUAGAACAGACAGUGGUUUUUUACGUUGAUCAUCUUCUCACUCAGAAAAGCUACAUAAAGGAAGAAACCAUUGAAAGGAUGAGGCUAGAUGAAGAGGUUAUCAUGGAUUUCUUCAGGGAAUAUAUAAAUGCACCAAAAAUUGAGAACCGAGUGAGGAUUCUGAAUGAUUUGAGAGAGCUUGCAUCGGCUGAGAGCCUGGACAUGUUCACGCUCAUCUACACCAACAUUCUUGAACAUCAACCUGACUGCCCGCCUGAAGUCGUGGAGAAGCUUGUGGGAUUGCGGGAAGGCAUACCACGGAAGGAUGCUAAGGAGGUUGUGCAAGAGUGCAAGGAAAUUUAUGAUAAUUCACUUGUUGAUGGACACCCCCCAAAGGCAGGUUUUAUCUUUCCAAAAGUGAAGUGCCUCUCGCAUUCCAAAGGCUCUCUAUGGAGGAAGCUUACAUAGUUUUUUGGCACAAUUUCAUCGUAUAGGUACAGUAAGAACAUAUUUGAAUCUCUUGUCCAUCUUGUCCCUUUAGAGGUCAUGGAUUUAUUUCAUUUUUCUGUAUUCUUUUUGAAUGAUACGAUUGUGCCUAUUUUUGCCACAACCUAUAAGGAUAAAUUAAAAUUGUCUACAUUGAAGUACAACUAGACCUCCUGUGAUACCAUUGUUGUAGACUAUGGAUUAUGAAAGUUAUAAAUAGAUUACUGUUUUCUUUCC